AUGGCUGAGUGCUUGUCGGAGAAAGCACAGCAGGCGCUAUCGGAGGAGCAGCGGGAAGAAAGACCGUCCUUGGUGCGUGUGUUACGCCGAGCUUUUGGCGGGCCUUUCAUGUUCGCGGCAGCAUUCAAAAUCGUUUAUGACAGUUUGCAGAUGGCAGGCCCUUACAUUCUCAAAGCCAUCCUACACUUUCUGGACCACUGUGACGGAUCUUCUCCGAGCCAAUGCACUCUUGAAGAAGGCAUGUCCUACGUUGCGUUGAUGCUGUUGAGCGCUGCAGUGCAGACAAUGGUUCUGCAUCAAUACUUUCACCGGUGCUUCCGUACUGGAAUGAGAUUCAAUGUCGCUUGCAUUUCUCUCGUUUACAACAAAUCGUUGAGGGUGGAUGGAGCCGCGAAAUCCAAAGACUCGAAGCAGCGAACAUCUGGAGAGAUCGUCAACCUUAUGGCUGUCGACUCGCAGCGCCUUCAAGAUUUCGCUCCUCAACUCCACCCCUUGUGGAGCUCACCGUAUCAGAUUAUCAUCACACUGAUAUUCCUUCAUUGGGUAGUGGGUUGGGCAACUUUGGCUGGACUCAGCGUGAUGCUUGUGCAGAUUCCAGCGGUGGCAGUGGUAGCUCGACGAAUUCGCCUUGCGCAGCGUAAGCUUAUGACCAUCAAAGACGAACGAAUCAAGCUCACCAACGAGGCUUUUGGGUCCAUCCGGCUCCUGAAAAUGUAUGGUUGGGAAGAUUCUUUUGAGACAAGAUUGGACGGCGUGCGUGAGAUGGAGCUCAAGCAGCUCAGGAAAUACCAAAUCUUGAACAUCAUUAGUUCUGCAAUGUGGGCGACAGCCCCGAUUCUUACUGCCUUGGCUACGUUUGCGGUGUACUGUUGGCUCUACAAGGAGCUGACUGCCAGCACAGCCUUCACUGCUGUGGCCCUUUUCAACGUUCUGCGGUUUCCGUUGACUAUGUUCCCACAAGCGAUCACGACAGUGGUGGAAGCCAAAGUUGCAAUCAGGCGCCUGGAGGAUUUCUUGUGUGCACCUGAAAUCCCAGGACGCAGCCAGGCAGCAUCCAAAGGUUUUGCAGUGGAAGUUCGUGACGCCGAGUUGGCGUGGCCGAAUGGAAGCCCACUUCUUUCGAAGGCCAACUUCACCGUUCCAGCACCGGUCGAAGGACAACAGACAGCUCACAUGACUGUUGUGCUCGGGGCAGUUGGUGCCGGCAAGUCUGGACUGCUUCAAGCUCUGAUUGGGGACAUGAGUCCAAUGUCAGGCAUUGUGUCGACAGCUGGGCAAAUCGCAUACACGUCACAAGUGUCAUGGAUUCGAAACGCUUCGGUCCGAGACAACAUUAUUUUCAACAGCAGUUUCCAGGAGGAUCGCUACAAGGCUGUGAUCAAAGCUUGCUGUCUAUUGCCAGAUUUAGAAGCUUUGCCCAAUGGGGACAUGACAGAGAUCGGUGAAAAGGGCGUCAAUCUGUCAGGAGGACAGAAGCAAAGAAUUUCAUUGGCGCGUGCUGUCUACUCUCAAGCGGAUCUUAUGCUGUUGGACGACCCGCUGAGUGCCGUGGACUCGCAUGUUGCGAAGAAGCUGCUGAAGAUGUUCAAGGGCCCUUUGUUGUCAAGAUCCUCCAUCGUCCUGUGUACACAUCACCUUCAAGCGGUGCACAGUGCAGACCAGAUCAUUCUCCUGAGCCGCAGUGCAUCUCAGCAGACCGGCGCGGAUCCCAGCGAUGUCCCUCUGGAUCUUGAAGCUGAGAGCCUGUCUUCGUCAGCUGAGUCCACUGAAAAGCAAUCCACACAGCCUGUGCCCAAGAUAGCCUUUUGCGGAUCCCUGGCCGACUUUCAGAAGGCCUUUCCCAAGCUGGUGGCCAAGCGUGGGGAUGGGGAUGCGGCUUCUUUCGAGCGUCAGACGAGCGAUGAGCCAGCGCCCUCUGAAGGCAAAAGCUCCGAAGCCGGUAAGUUGGUGCAGAAAGAGGAGGAACAAAUCGGCUCUGUACCAACCGAAGUCUAUGGGGCUUACAUCAGUGCAGCAGGUGGAACAUGCGUGGGUGUGGCAGUGGUGUUCGGAGUCUUGUGCGGUCAAGGUCUCCAGUCUGUUGCAGCCGCCUGGCUUUCAUACUGGUCUGAUCACAACACCCCCAAGAGCGUGCCUCACAUCACGAGCUUAGUGGGACUGCUGGGAUAUGGUGGUCUCAGCAUCACAGCGUUCACUGGAAUCUUCUUGACGAGCGCAUUAUUCAGAAUGACAGCCUUGAAAGCAGCACGUGCCUUCCACCGAAAGCUCCUGGCAAAUUUGCUUCGUUUGCCGAUGACGUUCUUUGACACGACUCCACUUGGCCGUGUUCUCAACCGGUUUUCCAAAGAUAUCUACACCAUCGACGAGGUCUUGGUAAACAACCUCUACAGCUAUCUCCAAGUCUCGUCAGUUGUUGUAUGCACGAUCAUAGUGAUCUCCGUCGCAACCCCGUGGUUCCUAGUCAUCAUCUUCCCGCUCUUGCUGCUCUACCGAGCGACACAGAACUUUUACAUCCCGGCUUCCAGACAGCUGAAGCGCAUCGAAUCCAAUUUGCGAUCUCCCAUCUUCUCGCACUUUUCGGAGACCUUGGAUGGAACCGCGUUGAUCCGCGCCUACGGCCAGCAGGACAUCUUCAUCUCGGAGAGUUUGUUUCGCGUGAGCCGAAGUAUGAGAGCCUACUACUCCAACAUGUCCUCCAACCGCUGGCUGGCUGUCCGCCUCGAAAGCUUUGGAGCUGCCAUCACCUUCUGCGCGGGGACGUUGGCGGUGCUGGGGCGAAACAGCAUCAGUGCAGGUGUUGCUGGCCUCUCCAUUUCCUAUGCUCUCUCGGUGACGCAAGCCCUAAACUGGGUGGUGCGUAUGGCAGCCGACCGCGAGACGAACAUAGUUUCGGUGGAGAGGGUCCGAGAGUACUUGCGACUGGACCCAGAGCCUCCCCAUCACCAGACUACGGACCCAAGUCCUCAGACGUGGCCGAGAGAAGGUGCAAUCGAAUUUAAGGACGUGUACCUUCGCUACCGUCCCGAUUUGCCUUAUGUUCUCAGUGGUUUGAACUUGAGCAUUCGUGGUCGAGAGAAGAUCGGCAUUUGCGGUCGCACCGGUGCUGGCAAGUCUUCUGUGUUGAACGUGCUUUUGCGGCUGGUGGAGGCAGGGUCUGGAAAUGUGUUCCUGGAUGGGCUUGACAUCAAGACUUUGGGCUUGCACUGCUUGCGCCACAGCCUGACGAUCAUUCCUCAAGACCCCAUCUUGUUCUCUGGCAGCUUGCGCUUCAACUUGGAUCCUGUCGGCGAAGCCUCGGAUGCAAGCCUUUGGCAGAGUCUGCAGCGCUCGCACUUGUCGGAUCACGUCUCGACCUUGGACAACGGCCAUGGGGAUCGAGGCCUUGAGAGUGUCGUCCAGGAGCAGGGCAAGAAUUUUUCUCUGGGCCAGCGGCAGCAGAUGUGCUUGGCACGGGCUUUGCUGCGAUCCAACGUCGUUCUUCUUUUGGAUGAGGCUACGUCAGCCGUGGACAGGGAUACCGACAACCUGAUCCAAGAGACCAUCCGGAGUGAAUUUGCUAGCCAUACGGUCUUGUGCAUCGCACACCGCAUUUCCACAAUCAUGCAUUCCGACAGGGUUUGCGUUCUCGACGCCGGGAAAGUUGUGGAACUUGCAUCCCCGCAAGACUUGAUGAAAGAUGCGUCUUCCCAUUUUGCUAAACUCGCCAAGCUGGAUGCCAUGGCAUGA